UCUAAAUGUUGCCGGAAAUUGAGCUUACUUACUUGCUAACUCACAGAAAGCUGCUGUUGAAAGCCGUGGCGGUGACGACUCCCAUCUCUCAGUUUUAACCGAGGUUGUCCGAAGAUAUUUUUUAACUAUAUAUUUUUGUUAAUAAUAAUGGACCACGAAAAUGCAUUUAAUCAAUGGAAGAAGCGUUGUUUCAGCAAAGUUGACAUUAGCAAGAAAGGGAGCAUUGACGACGACAUUUAUCAUAUUGUUUCCCUUAUAAACGUCUCCUCUAACUACUUCACCACAAGCUCUUGUUCAGGGAGAAUUAUUCUAGUUGAAGGGCUUUCAGAGAGCUCCAAAGUACAGAAGCAGAAUAUCUCUUGGUUGUUUGUAUCGCACCAGAAAUGUAAAGAGGAGGACGUGGUUUUGGCGUUACAGAAAGCAAGUGGAAGUGCUGUAUUGAAGUUUGAGCCAUUCGUGCUUCAUGUGCAGUGCAAGGAUAUAGGAAGUGCUAGACUCCUGCACUCUGUGGCAGUAAGCUCUGGCUUCAGAAACUCAGGUGUGUCGAUCGGCAAGAGAGGCAAAAUCAUAAUGGCUGUUCGCAGUACCCACUGUCUUGAAGUUCCACUCGGCCACAAGGGGGAGAUCCUAGUGAAUGAGAACUACAUCCACUUUUUAGUGCAGAUUGCAAAUCAGAAAAUGGCAGAAAACCUCAACCGAAUAAAAAGGUUCUACGAUGGCCUACAGGCUGCUCUUCAAGCAGACGAAUCUCCAUGCGUGGCAAAAGACAAACACCAAAAUAAGAAACGUUGUUUGGAAUCGGCAGCAGAGAAAGACAAAAGACUCAGUUAUGGAAGAAAGCCAAAUUCCCCCAAACAAGUUAAAUGAUUCAGAAGAUUACCUAGAGACUGGUUUGAUGAUAUUUUCAUAAAUUCUUACACUAUAUACUUUACAGUACACUACUGAAACGCUGGUCCCGUCAGCUCUUGGAACAUUGCCCAUUUUGUUCUCCCAGAACUGCAACUAAUGGGCUGGAAAUUCCUAAAUGGUACAAAAUCUCUUCUACUUCUGAGGGAAACGAGAAUUGAUGAUUUUCAGAUCCCUCAGGCACUUAAUGAAAUCUUCUGGUAUGGCACAUAUACACUGUAUACCCGUCAGAUUUCAGGUCACAUGAAUUUAGGUCAUUUGAAUAAUUACAUUCCCAAGAGUUUUAACAAAAAGGUGUUAAGUCUGUACAUUUCUAUAGAUGAACGCUAAAUAAAAAAAUAUUACAAUUCUACAUAUAUAUAAGCAGGGUAGGUGGAGUUACCCAGAGGUAUUACCCCCUAAUAUGUUCAAACCGUUUGACCAAGUAAGAUAAACAUCUCUCAUAUAUCAAUACCUAUUCAGAAGCCUGUAAUUGCAGAUGGUGAAGUAUGAUGUAGCAUUGUGUCAUCAGAGAGAAUAAAGCCACACGUGGUUUCAUUGGCUAACCCA